AUGCCAAAAAUUAACGUUUUCGCGCUUUUUAUUUACUUCUGCAGUAUUUUCCCCUUUCAAAAUUAGUUUCUGUAGUUCUCAACUUUAAUUGUGUUUAGAAAUUACAAAAAUGGACCACGGGAAUCAAAGUGAGUACACCGACCUUCCCAAUUGACCUAUAAAGAAAAUACAUUAUUUUGAAUUUAUUGCGGCCUCAGCAAAUCAAAAAUUAUUUUGUUUGGAAAAACAAAACAAUAUUUUUUAACAUUCCAUCGCCAAGUUGUCUUUCAUAAAAAUGUUUAGUCAAAGAGAUAUGUUCUUUGUGUUUCCACGAAUUCCAUAAUGUCCAAAGUAAAAUCUCUUAAUUCAUUUUGCAUUUUACCUACCACAAGUAUAAAAAAACCAUAAGACAUUCCAUUUCAAACAACGAAAAGGUGUCAUGUGUGGUUUUAUAUCGAUGAUUCUUAUUCUAUCAAUAUUGCAAAUAGUUUGGUAGCCAAGCAACCUAUUUAUAACAGAAAAGUAGUUGAUUGAACAAAAUACAAAGCAGAUUGAAGAUUUUAAUUUUAACACCUCCAGCCGUAUCAAAAUUCACUGAAAAUGUCGAAAGUUUUAAAAGACUUUUUCGAUAUUGACAAAGAGCAAGAGUUACUACAAAGUUUUACUCGCCUAGGAGUUCCUUCUGAUGAUGAUGUCAACGAAGAGGCCACAAAGGAAAAAAAGAGCCGAAUUGUGGCCACUAAAGUCAAGGCAGCCAGCCGGGAUACUCGCCGAAAACAAUCUGUGAAAUUUAAUGAUGACACCGAUGGCCCUGUAAAGGGCCAACAUCAACGCAUGAAUCGCAUUGAGGCCGAGCUAAGGGCUGCCCGCAAACGUAAUGAGGAACUUAUGCAAAAACGUAAAAAGCCCAAGGAGAAUUUCGUUGAUUUCUAUACGGACAAGGACAGGGCAGCUGCUGUUAGCGCUGGGGCAUUCGAUAUUAAACAAAGUUUGCAAAUAAAACAAAAACAGGAUCGCAGCGAAUCUUUGAUGAUACCUGAUGAAGGUGAUAUCAAUUCAAUUAUUGCCUUGGGUUUGAAGGAAAUUAAAAAUGCCAAUCCUGAAAAUGCCAUACAUUUCUUUUCCAAGGCUCUGGAACUCAACAGCACCGAUAUUAAUGCCUUGGUCUCCCGCAGCAAGUGUUAUCUACUUCUGGGGGAGGCAUCCAAGGCCCUGGUUGAUGCCGAAACAGCCUUGAAUGAAGAUAAAAAUAAUAUACGAGCAAUCUAUCAAAAAGCUGAGGCCUUGUAUUAUUUGGGCCAAUUCGAACAGAGUCUUAUGUACUUCCAUAGGGGCGCCCGAGCCCGACCAGAAUUGAAUUCCUUUCGUUUGGGGGUGCAAAAAACCCAAGAAGCUAUUGAGAAUACAAUUGGCGUUAAGAAUAACAACAACAAACCCAGUACCAGUAAAGCUAAAAAAUCCAACGAUAAUACCCCCAAAUCCCAGAUGAAUAGCAGUAGUGCAAGACCUAUCAGGGGAAAACCCACCAAGUUAGAAUUGGAACGUCGAAAUGCCCGAAAACUUUUGGGUGAAUUGUGUGUGGAUAAGGAAUAUCUGGAAAAUCUAUUGAAACAUCCCGAUCUGAUAAGAGCUGAUACUAAUACUGAAAAUAUUUCAACUUAUGUCAAGGAGGCGGUGGAUUUCCUAAACAAACGUCAGGAGUUUUGGCGGCAACAGAGACCCUGUAAUGCCUUGCCGAAUCAAAAGAAUCUGCCAAUGGAUGCAAUGCCUAGAUGGUUUUAAGGUUUUUGCAGGGUUGUUUCUCUGUAUGUGUGUGUUUAUUAGUUAGUUUGUUUUUAUUAUUUGUUUUAUUGAUUGCUGUUAUAUAAUUUAUAA